AUGCUGAGUCCCAAGAUUAGACAGACCAGGAGAGCCCGGUCCAAGAGCAUGGUGAUGGGAGAUGUGUCCCGGGGCCCAAUCCGCCCGUCCUCCCCCAGUCUCCAGGAGGGGGCUCUGAAAGCUGGCUGGCUGAAGAAACAGAGGAGCAUCAUGAAGAACUGGCAGCUGAGAUGGUUUGUCCUACGCUCCGACCAGCUUUUCUUCUACAAAGAGGAGGAGGAGACCAAGCCACAGGUACUGAACGUUCACACCUAA